UGUCGGACCAUGUUGUGCUAGAUAUAUAUCCACAACUGCCGACUGUUCUGCUAAUCGAAGUCAAAGGUCUACAGAUCCGACGGCUGCAGUCCCUCAAUCCGCGAUCAACCCCGGACAAGCCCAAUCCGCGAUCAGGCCGACCCUACCGUCGCUGCGGCGCCAAAACCCCCCUUCGUCAAAAACACAAAUGUGACAAAACCGAAAAAAAAUAAAAAAAAAAUCAAAGAGAAGCAGAGAACGGGAAAAUAUAAAAUCCCAGAAGCACACUUCCACCCAUCUCCUCCCACAGCUCUGCUCUCGCCCGACUCCCGAUGUCGAGCAUGGAGCUCCAGAACACAGUGAAGGAGGCCCUCCACGCUCUCUACCACCACCCCGAUGACUCCGUACGCAUGCAGGCCGAUCGAUGGCUCCAAGACUUUCAACGCACCAUCGAUGCUUGGCAGGUCUCUGAUAAUUUGCUUCAUGAUGCUAAUAGCAAUCUAGAAACCUUAAUCUUUUGUUCUCAAAUGCUAAGAAGCAAGGUGCAACGAGAUUUUGAGGAACUACCUUCUGAAGCUUUUCGCCCAUUACGGGAUUCCUUAAAUAUUUUAUUGAAAAAAUUUCACAAGGGCCCUCCCAAAGUUAGAACACAGAUUAGCAUUGCAGUGGCCGCAUUGGCUGUUCAAGUUCCUGCAGAAGAUUGGGGUGAUGGUGGGAUUGUGAAUUGGCUUAAGCAUGAGAUGAAUUCUCAUCCAGAAUUUGUACUAAGUUUUUUGGAGCUUCUUACUGUCUUGCCUGAGGAAGUAUUGAACUACAAGAUAGCUGCUCACCCAGAAAGACGCCGCCAAUUUGAAAAAGAAUUAACUUCUGCAAUGGAGGUUGCUCUUAAUAUCUUGACUGCUUGCUUGAAUGUUAAUGAGCUUAAGGAACAGGUUCUUGAAGCAUUUGCUUCUUGGCUUCGGCUAAGGCAUGGAAUCCCCGCAUCAGUGCUUGCUUCUCACCCAUUGGUGCUUACAGCUUUCUCUGGAUUGAAUUCUGAGCUACUUUCAGAGGCAUCUGUAAAUGUUAUUUCUGAAUUGAUACACUGCACGGCAGUGGGCAGCUCUGGUGAUGUUUCUGCUCAAAUGCCCUUGAUUCAAGUGAUUGUUCCUCAAGUUAUGAGUCUAAAGACACAGCUGAGAGAUUCAUCAAAGGAUGAGGAAGAUGUGAAAGCCAUUGCUCGUUUGUUUGCUGACAUGGGGGAUUCUUAUGUUGAAUUGAUUGCAACAGGUUCAGAACAAUCAAUGGUUAUAGUGCAUGCAAUGUUGGAAGUUGCCUCACACCCAGAAUAUGAUAUUGCUUUAAUGACAUUUAACUUCUGGCACAAUCUUCAGGUUAACUUGACUAGAAGGGAUUCCUACUUGUCAUUUGGCAACGAAGCAUCCAUUGAAGCUGAGAGAAAUCAAAGGCUUCAUGUUUUUCGCUCAUCAUAUGAAUCACUUGUCUCGCUGGUUAGCUUCCGCGUUCAAUAUCCACAAGAUUAUCAAGAUCUUUCAAAGGAGGACUUGAAGGAUUUUAAACAGAGUAGAUAUGCUGUUGCAGAUGUCUUAAUUGAUGCAGCAAUAGUUUUAGGUGGGGAAGCAACACUGAAAAUUCUUUACAUGAAGCUUGUUGAGGUGCGCGAUAUUUUUGUGGCUAUAGCUCACUGUGGUGGUGAGGAACAUUGCGAAUGGCGUCCUUCUGAAGCUGCUUUAUUCUGUAUCCGGGCUGUAUCAAAAUAUGUUUCUGUUGUUGAAGCUGAAAUAAUGCCCCAGUUUAUGGAUUUGCUUCCAAAGUUUCCUCAUCACCCUCAACUACUUCAGACAGUUUGCUUAACAAUUGGGGCAUAUUCAAAGUGGUUUGAUGCUGCAGCAAGUGGAUACUCACAUUUGCCAGCUGUGAUAGACAUUCUCAUGAGCGGCAUGCGCACAUCUGAAGAUUGUGCAGCAGCUGCUGCUUUGGCAUUUAGGCACAUCUGUGAUGAUUGCAGAAAAAAUCUUUGUGGAUAUUUGGAUGGUCUUUUCCAAAUAUACCAAGUAGCAGUCAGUGGGGAAAGUGUCUUCAAAGUUUCUGCUGAAGAUUCACUGCAUCUUGUUGAAGCCGUAAGCAUGGUUAUUUCAGAACUUCCUCCAGACCAUGCCAAGAAAGCCUUGGAGGCAUUAUGCUUGCCAGUUGUUGCUCCUUUACAGGAAGUUAUAAAUCAAGGUCCAGUAAUAUUGGAUAAGAAAGCUGCUCGUGAGCUUACCGUCCAUAUAGAUCGACUUGGAAAUAUCUUUAGAUAUGUAAAUCACGCGGAAGCUGUGGCAGAUGCAAUUCAGAGGCUGUGGCCAAUUUUCAAAGCCAUCUUUGAUCGUUAUGCUUGGGAUAUGCGGACAAUGGAGUCUCUUUGCCGAGCUUGCAAAUAUGCUGUGAGAACUUCUGGAAGGUUUAUGGGAAUCACAAUUGGAGCAAUGCUAGAGGAGAUUCAAGGCCUAUAUCAGCAACACCACCAGCCAUGCUUCCUUUAUCUUUCUAGUGAAGUUAUAAAGAUAUUUGGGUCUGACCCAUCUUGUGCAAACUACUUAAAAAUUCUGAUUGAAGCACUCUUCAGCCACACAACAUGCCUUCUGACGAAAAUUCAGGAUUUUACUGCCAGGCCAGACAUAGCAGAUGAUUGCUUUUUGUUGGCAUCAAGGUGCAUUCGUUAUUGUCCUCAAUUGUUUAUUCCAUCGGUAGCAUUUCCGGCGCUAGUUGAUUGUUCUAUGAUUGGGAUAACAGUCAUGCACAGGGAGGCCUCCAAUUCCAUAUUGACCUUCUUAACAGAUAUUUUUGAUCUUAAAAACUCAAAUCAUGGAGAACAGUAUCUAUCUAUCAGGGAUAGUGUGAUUAUUCCACGAGGUCCCAGCCUCACCAGAAUAUUGGUAGCUUCCUUAACUGGAGCACUUCCCAGUUCUCGAAUAGAAACGGUAACAUAUACUCUACUGUCAUUAACUCGGGCAUAUGGGGUGAAAGCAUUGGAAUGGGCCAAGGAUAGUGUUCUGCUAAUUCCAUCAACAGCUGUGACGGAAGUGGAACGCGCAAGAUUUCUACAAUCACUGUCAGAUGUUGCAUCUGGUGCUGAUAUUAAUGUCCUGACAGUUCCAAUUGAAGAACUGUCAGAUGUUUGCCGUCGAAAUCGAACUGUUCAAGAAAUUGUUCAGGGAGCUUUAAGACCACUUGAAUUGAAUUUGGUCCCAGUAUCAUAGUGCGAGAGCAACAUAAAUGGCCAUUUUGGUUAGGCCAUAGGCAUCUUGAUUGUGAUCAGUCAUAUUUAUUGAUUGUAUAUUUUUUUUUUCUCUUGAUUUUCUGCUAAUAUUUUGAGGUCGGGGGGGGGGGGUGAGGGAAUGUUGUAUUUUUUGUACGGUGAGAUUGGGGAUCAUGAGUGGUUUCAAUUCUGUUGGCCUAGUUCUUUGUUAUUGGUUUUUUUCCCUUUCUCUAUUUCAGUGAGGAGUCAUUUGUUCCGGGCUCAUGGUAUGGAUUUGUAACUUUGUAACAUAUAGUCAACAUUUACAUGUGUUACCUUUGUGUUUUAUCUUCACAAUAUGAUGAGAAAAAUUUAGUCAACA